CAUGUUGGGAAAAAAGUUGGUGACCGCACAGAAGCGAGGGGAGACAAGAGCCCUGUGCUUGGGACUGGGAAUGGUCGUGUGCUCCAUGAUGAUGUACUUUUUUAUUGGGAUCACCAUUGUGCCAUUCUACACUAAAAGUGUUUGGACAACAGAAACUGUGUGCAAGGUACUCAAGGCCAGCAUCAAGGAUGAAGUUGUCUGUCCAAACAGCGAAGGCUCAGAGGAUGAGGAUCUCUAUCCCUAUCCUUGUCUACAGGUGUGGGUUAAUCUGACAGCCUCAGGACAAGAGGUUAUGCUGUAUCAGACUGAAGACACACUGGAAAGAAAUCCUAAGUGCUCAUACGUCCCAGGCAAGUCGGAGAACUCUAAAGAAGUUAAAGCACGAAUAGAAACAAUUGCAAGCAAUUUUAAAAAACACCAGACUUUCCCAUGCUACUAUGACCCAGGAGGAAUGCAGACCAAUGUAAUUUUAAGCAGACUUUAUCCCCCGAAAGGCCUCCUUUUUGCUUUCCUUUGGCCUACACUCAUGUUUACUGGUGGAUGUCUGAUUAUUGUUCUGGUAAAAAUUAGUCAGUAUGUUUCCGUUCUUUCUGCUUGGCAGUAGGAAAUAAAUACGUAGCGUAGAUUGUUGCAGGAUAUUAAAGUGCCUUUGUUCUGCCU